CCGCACCUUCAAUUCAAAUUGACUCACUCAAGAGAAGAUUAGACACUCAUAGAAGCAUACUAGUAAAAUAAUAACACAGGCCGUAUGCUUUCUGUCUUCACUACAUAAAUCUAAAUCUGAAUCUCAUGUCCUUUCAGAACUGAAACUGAUAACAGUCGGGUUGCCCGCGAUAUCAAGGAGAGCGGGCAUAUGACUUCUCUUUAGUUGUGUACGUCACGAUGAUGGGAUGGAGUCAUUCAUAGCUAAAAUUGCUGUUUACAACUGGACAGAUGUUAAAACUUUACUUUCUUCUACAUUUCUGAACCUUAAGGUCUUACUGAAGACCACCAAUAGCUUCGUUCUAAUUCUUGCAAUAUUGUUAAUAAUAUAUGUGACAGCCUAUUCCUUCCAAAAAGUUUGGUCCAGAGAGCUUAAAUGUCAAAAAACCACUCUUGAAACUGUGGACUGCCCCAGGCAUGGGACCCCAAAUAUUGAGCUUCUACGUCGAAUAUAUGAGUCGUGUAAUUUCACAGCGUCCGGGUUGUGCAACAUUUGGUUGCAAAAAAUUAAUGACUGUAUUAACAACUCUCUAAUAGAGACAUCUAUUCACUUUACUCCUGUUUCGGAAUACACACUCUCCGAUGUAAAGAUUUCGGAUUUCGAAGUACGUAGCGAAGAUUUGCCUGGCUGGGUGGCUUUGUAUUUUUCUGUUUCCAUACCAAUGUUGUGUUUGCAUGGGGACGUAGUCACAGGUCAAACAAAAUCAUCGCAGAAAGUGACAUUAUCACUAAGGAACUACCACAUGAAGACGCGCUGUAUGUUAAAAGUUGAUGAUUUGGUCCUCUUAGAACUGAAAAUGCACUCUGAAUCUUCACCACAGUUCGAUUUACUGAUGGAUUCAGUAAUACCCUUAUCUCCAUCAAAAUUCAAACAACUACUCAUCGACAUAAUUUCAGAAUUAAUUGUGUCCUGGUCUCCAGAUGGUUCCAUACACUAUGGCAAAGAUCCUCUGGUGGCUUCAAUACAAACGGAUGACUAUUCAUCUGAUCAGAAUGUUUUACUGCAAAGAGAACCAAAAGGUAUAGAUUCCUCAGAUUCACUUCACAACUGGAUCGACAUCAAUGUCAAAACGCAGUCAUGUGAAUCCGAUCUCAAGGAUUUAAACCAGUCUCAAUCCGAAGGACAUGCUGAGGCAAAAACUGUGAUGCCGGGAGAAGAGAGUUCUCAGUCGUUAGCUCAGGAAGAUAAGUCAUUUACUCCAGUUGUACUCGCACAUAACGCUCGUUUACGUCAGUCUUUAGUAGCUCGCCAUGCUCCACGGCCAUUCGUAUGUAAAAUGAUCAGGUCGGCAUCUUGCUAUGGAGAAGAGGGAACAUCCAGUUUGGUUCAAGAGCGAGACUUAGGAAGUUUUGAGUCAGAAGGUGUUGCUGGUGCGAACUGUCGGGAUUUAGGAUGCAGUAAAGUCGAGUCUGAGAUUCAAAUACGAAUGGAAACUAUCUCUGCUCCAUCUAAUAAAUCAGAGGCGACCAGUACAGAAGUUGUGAAAAGAAAAGAAACUGAGACCUCAAUUACUGAAAAUGUUGGUCAUAAAGACUCUUUACAGGAGUUCAGUCACACAGUACCAGUGCGUAAACCAAAUACUAAAGUAGAUGUGUCACCGUUGAGGGAACGCGUGGCAAACAAUUUUGCAUCCAAAAAGCUUUUGGUUAAAGUAGUUAAAGCAGAAAAACUGUCAGUUAAAAGCAUUUCGGGUGCUUACUGCGUUGUAGAAUUGGAUGAACCUUAUCAAAGACAUUCGACUCAUUGUUCCAUAUCUGGGCAGUUAUUUUGGGAUCAACACUUGUUGUUCGACCUUAAUAACAACUCCAAACGAAUCGCACUUGAAAUUUUCGAGCUAGGCAAACGAAAAAAAUCGUAUUCACGAGGUCGCGCAGAACUAUUGUUAAUACACUUGCUAACUAAACCUAAUUCUGAUGGAGAUUUGGAAACGAAUUCCGUCAAUAUAAGUGAUACUAUUCGACGUCAAAUACCACUCAUUGAUCGAUCAGGUAGCUUGCUCGAAGGUACAAGUGCGUCUAAUAUUGUUGCUUCACCUGCGGUUCAAUCUAUCUGCGGAGGAAACAGCCUUUCCGUAACCAACCAAAGUAUAUCUACUAAUACAAAUGCUUCUGGUCAGCCCUCUGAGAAUUCGAUCCCCAGCAUCAUAGCAGAGUUCAAUUUUAUGGAAAAAGCUACCGAAGAUUUUCGCUCACGUGCAUCGCCUGGUUCUUCACAAAUACGUUUCUCUUCUUCACGGACCACACAACCUCCAAGUAUUCAUAAUCCCAACCAAGAUCAUCAACCAACAGAUCAUUGCUGUGCAUUUUCACAUUCCGCUUCUUCAGAAUUUCCCAAUGCCAAAUCUACAUUCUUGACACAUAAUAAAAAUAUAACCGAACACAUAAUGCAAUCCGUGGUUGAGCAUAUUCAAACUGAUUCUGGCGAGGAAACUGAUAAUUUGUCCACAUCAAGAGACAGUGAUGUUGUUAGACAAUCAUCAAAAGACAUAACUAAUGAGAUCAAGAUUGGUGGAAUAUUAAAAACAGGAAACCUUUCAUCUCCAAUUUCUUGUCGAAGAGCCAAUUAUGAAUUACAUACUAUUCGUAGUGUAGAUGAAGAACAUCCUAGCAUACCAUCAUCUCCUUUAAUUUAUGAUACAACAAAGUUGUCAGAAACCAGUUCUGAAGGUCAUGGUUCUUCUUGUGAUUUAAACGAGCAAUUUAAGGAGUCCGUUUCUUCUAAUGAGCAACAUGUAUUUCAAGGAGCAUCAGAAUCAGGUAAAGUGUUUAUUGAUUAUAUUUUGAGUGAAAUAUUAGUAGAAAUGAUGUAAUGUGCAAAUUUAAAUAUCUCUUCAUUUACAACUCGUUUUUUUCUAAAAACAAUAACCAUAUCUUAGACGGUCAUGUAAAAUCACUAGUGAGUUUUCUACGUGCAUAUACUUUGUACGGAUGGUGAUAAUAAAAUGUUCUGCAUGUACUCAGUUGAUCUGCCAAAGUCGAUGUAUUGCAUGCUAACGUGUUGGUAUCUAGUGUGAGUAACCCGAGAAAACAUUUUUACAUUGAUAAAAUGAGCAUAUCUAGGUAUACGGUUAUUAUUAAAAGUUCUUUUUAAGCCCAGAGGAUUUUCAGUUUUUUCAAUAAGAAAUAUUAUUGUUACAUAGUUUAUUUACUUCAUUUUAGUGCAAUCCUAUCAAUUUCCUUUGAAGUUAACUAUGCUUUGUUGUAUUCAUUGCUUAUUUGCAUUUUACACGUUUGUUUAGACCCAUGUAUGUAGAUAAGGUACUUUUUGCCCGAUUUGUUUAUUGGUUUUCUUUUACAUAUUACAAACAGCUACAACUCUAAAAAGCAAUCACUUUAAUGUACUUAUCUCAGUCAGUAAUAUUUUAUUCCUAAAAUUGUUUCAAAUUUGUUUCAUCUAUAGACCAUUUCAAACGGUUUCAAACAAUAUUAAACUUAGUAUUAAUGUAUUGGUACAAGUUAUCGUUUUUCAUAUCGAUACAACAGUUAAAAAAUUAAUAAAAUGAUAAAUGAAGCAAUUAAGAUUAUUAUUUUAUCAAUAAUAAAGAAAUAUAAGUAAAAAGCAAAGAGCGAAACACCGGCAAGACCAGUGGUUUCAAGAAAUUCAAUGUUCAAUCAAGACUCCACAAAUAUAAUGUCUUACUAACAUGCAGUCCCCUACUACUUUUUGUGAAUCAUACUUGAAGUCUCUAAUCACUAAUUAAACCUGUGCUUCAGACGCAUACUGUGUCACGGUUUGGCUAACUUUCUAUGUGCUUCUAUGAUAAUCAGCCUACCACAUCGAUGUAAGCAGUGACAACUUCAGUACGUCACAUGCCAGUCACCUCAGUCAACAUUAGUUUAUAUGCUAACUAACCUAGUGCUCUACACACUGUUAGCAUUAUUCACCAUUCCAUGAUUCUAACAUGGCCCCCAAAUGCCCUGGUACGGCCGAGGGUGGGGAGAGUCCGCUCUCCCUCUCGAAACGCUCUCACAUGGCCACGCGUAUAUAGCAUCUGCCAGGGAAGUCCUGCUCAUUGCCUUCACGUGGCCGGGGUGUUGUUUACGAAAAUGAGAGGACAAAAAGCGAAUGUCCGGCGCUUUAACCGGAUUCCAAACCAAUCGUGCACAUGGGCUCCAGUAUCCUGGAAAAACAAAUGGCGUAUGAACUAAUUGUUGGUCACCGGCUUCCAUGGGACUGCAUCUCCUUACGAUGCUCCACUGCUUUGUGGAUCAGACCUUCAGGUCGAAGGCUCGGGGUGUGGCCCUCUAAGAAAACCACUUGCUUCGGUUUGGGCACCCGGGCAGUAUCACAGCCCUCACACAAAUCAAACGAGAUUUGUGUGGCGCAUAUGUAUAUGGUGCCUCCUUGUACCAAUAUCUAUGUGUUAAAAUAAAUAAAUAAUAAAUAAGAUUCUAACAUCAACGCGCAAUGCUUUCAAGCCAACUAUGAUCGAAUAUUUGAGUUCUGCACAUGUCUUGUCCGUCCAAUCGAUAUAUUCGCUAACCUUAGAGUAAUAUAAGAACCAGACUGUUGCUCAGUAAGUAGUUUUCUGAUAGGUUAUUAAAUAAGUGCCUGGAAAAGAUGGUAUAUGGUGGUAAAAGCUAAACUUAUUACUUUUUUAAUCAACAACUAGUCAGUCACCAACUCUCUAGGAUUUGGUGAUUUCAAGGUUUAGUUGAGCGUCGCAUGAUGAUGGUUCUUAGGAUCUUAAAUACUUUGCUAAUCAAACUAAUUAUUGCGUGGUUACAGUAAAAAAAUUACCAUCCUUUCUUGUAUAUUUGAAAGUUUUUCAAUCAUGAUCAAUCAACACUCAAUUUCUAUGGUCAUCCGUUCUAACUAGUCAACUGGAAUAGACCUACCUUGCUCCAGGUUGGUUGCUGCUCUCUCAAAUUCACUGAAAGUUGGAGCCCAUUAUCAAUGGCCCACAUAGACUAUUAAUAAAUAGUAGGCAACUAGGAUACUAACGAAGGAUAGUUAAACUGGUUUUUUAGAGUAUUUUAUUCAUCGUCCUGGUUUACCGUAGAUUACUGAUUUGUCUUUCUCGUGAAUAGUCUCAUCAUUUGUUAAAGUUUAGAGCUCCUACUCUACCUGAAAAGUUCGAACAACUGUUUAAUUUUGUGUCUUUCUCCAACACAUUCUGUGUUUGUAGUUUUCUUGUUAUCUACGGCUCGUAAUCAUUGGGUAGAGUUAUUAUCGGUUUGGAGUCAAAUUAAUUUCAACUUCCCAUUAAAUUAAGGUUCCAAUUCAUUUUUCCUAUAGCAAAUUAUUAGGUGUCCCAAUGCACAACCUAGCAAUUACUUUUGCUGACCUACUUUUGUCUUAAGGUGAACUCAAUACAACCAGUGUAGUGAACGAAGACCAAAUAUAAUUUUAUGCAAAAUCAUACAGUGUCUUUGUAAAAUAUGAAAAUCAUACAUUGAAAAAACAUCAUUUACACAUUUGACUUCAGUUGUCCUUUUCAUACUCUAUCAUUCUUCCAAUUCUAUUAUUCAGAUUGCUCUCUGUUUUCCUUUCUCUUCUCUUUAUUUCAAUUUUCUGCAUUAUAAUUUCAAUUCCCACUACAUACUACUUAUAUCUGUUCACAUAAGUAGCGCACAUCACACUAGUAAGGAGUAGUAGUAGACUUAUGUAUAUUUUAUUUGAUACCCAAUGUAAAAUUAUGUUUUGAAAAGAUAUCUCUUUUAAUAUGUAUUUCAAGGAUUCGUCCAUGGACUUACUGACUAACUAACUGAAUGAUUAGUAUUCUCAUACAGUAUCCCUGUUAAUUAAACACCAUACAAAAAAUUUCUAGCUGUAAUUUUGAACACCUGCUGUUUUUCUCUCGGUUUCAGUUAAAAAAUAUCUACCAGAAUAUUUUUUUUUGGUCAUAAUUUAUCCAACUGAGAAAUUAUUGCCUGUAUAAUUUUUU